AUGGAAUCUGCGAGCGCUUUGCGGCCCCUCGAUGAAUCAAUACUCCGCGAACUCCCCCAACUCUCUCUCCGUAUCGCCCCUCUACGAGAACCAGUAUCAUCACGAACCUUAAGCGUCCCAUCGCCCCUCGAACCCAAUGCCAGUGGGACACGGGAGCCGAAUAAUAUCCCCAAUUCAAACAGCAAUAGCGGGAAGAUCCCAGCAAAUGCAAAAGCAGGCCUGCCGACCGUUACGGAGUUUCUGAACGCUGCGCGCAUCAGGAAAACCGAACUGUCAGCAGACUCGCAGUCGAAUGUGGAACGUCCCCCAAGGCCAAUCCUUCCCGCUUUUGUGAAUCUUCGUGCCCUGGAAAAGUUUCCAUUCUCGUCAUCCUUCGAUGACGACGCCCUCCAAGGGCCUCGCAAGCGUCGACGCCGAGACCCCCAGGCUGAUUCGUUCAGCGAGCAUCUACAGUUACCUAUCCCCCAGGCCCAGAAGGAGCAGCGACCUCCUCCAUUUGGGCCAUUUGCUAUCCUGAAUGGAUUGAAUGAGCCUCCACCUAAUGCCGCCUUGCUUCCACCUAUUGAGGCUGGGUCUAAUAUCUCCCAGCUUUUGACUAAGCCCUCCAGAGGCGGUGCUGCUGUUGACCCUGGGACGCUAGUUGCUGCUCAUGUCGCGAUCUCAGAUGGACAGUCUGCUGCUGAAAGACGAGAUACUAGACUCGAGGAUAUCCUCAGAAUGUCUCUCAAUGUGGAUGAAGACGACGACCCUAAUGAUAAUGAUGAAAAUGUUGAAAGUACUAACCCCAUGGAUCCUGAUGAGAUUGCCCUGGCUGUUCGCAAAGCAGAGGAUCCCAAGAACACUAAGGCAUUGCCACUUCACUCUGGACAGGAUGUGCCAAUUUCUCCCAAAACUCGUGGCCGGUCCCGUAAAAACGUGAGAAAGUGGACCGAAGAAGAAACGGCUACUUUACUUCGGGGUGUGGUCAAAUGUGGGAUUGGCAACUGGACUGCUAUCCUUGCUCAACCGGAGCUGGAGUUUAAUCAGCGAACUGCCUCAAAUUUAAAAGACAGAUUCCGAGUAUUAUGUCCAUGGGCGUACCGUACAUCCGAUCCCAAUGAAGCUGCGAAACAACUACAUGACACUCUCGCUAACACCCUACUCAAAGCCAAAGGAGAGGGCUCUGACGAAACACCCGGCAAACCCCACCUCUCCCAUAUAAUGCCCUCGAGUCAAGGCUCCGAGUCAAUCUCUGGAGCAGAAGGCCAGGCUCCCAAUCCACAAAAACCCUCUACUUCGAGUACCGUCUCAUCCACGCCCGACACAGAUCCCGGGAGUAGUAGCAUCCCCCAAUCGCAGUCGCCCUCAUCGGGAAAUAGCACACCCGCUCCCGCGAGCAAGUCCCAGACAACCCUCGCAUCUCUUGGAAUUCCCGCAAAUGUCGUAAAAUCUAAACGUCGCUCUCGGCGACCCUUCACAGCCGUCGAAGACGAAGCCCUCCUCAAAGGCUACGCCGUACACGGCUUCCAAUGGACUCUAAUCCAGCAAGAUUCCCGAUUGAACCUAAGCCACCGCAAAGCAACAGACCUCCGCGACCGCUUUAGAACCAAGUUCCCACACGCCUAUCGUGAUGGUGGCUCUGUGAAUGGAAAGGCCUUUACCAACCCAAACCAGGGCCAGGGCCAGGAUUCGGCUGCAGGCGCGUCGACCCCCCGCCCACAUCCUGUCAACACCGAACAAUCUCCAAGCAAGGCCUAUGCCAUGACGCCAACUCCAACUCCGAAUUCGACUACCGCUUCUCGCAACUCGGCGUCGAGGAGUCGUCACGCUGCUACCCCUUCGCAGUCCAGUCUUGGCCAGAUUGAUCCCGCGCUCUUGCCUCCGCCUCCGCAGAGCUUUUCGGAGCACUCGAUGUAUCUUCCGCCUGCUGCUGCCGGUGCGCUUUCUUUCUCUUUGGAUGAUGGACCUGGGGCGGGUGCUGCUUCCACGGUGGAGACGCCGUGGGAAGAUAAUACCCUCGCUCCUAUGAUUUGGGAUGAAUUGACCUAA